UCAUUCCAGGUAUGAAAGUGUAGUGGUUAGACGUUUUAUUGCGUAAAAGGACGCCAUUGCUUUCGAUUAUCGAAAUCGUUUAGAUAGUAUCGAUUCUUUUGCGAGAGUGAUACCGGGUAUACUCGUUUGGAACAGUAAACGUUAGUUUUUUUAAAAUAUGCGGGCGUGGCAGCGCGAGAACAAUGUGGUUGAAGGAAAAUUAGAGUUUUUUAUAAUUACCGUCCUUUAUUGAAUUGUAUUUUAUUCGCGUAUGACGUGAUUAUAGAGUCAGUGCGUGUUAGAAUACAAAAUUUGCUUAGAGUAUAUAAAAACAUAAAGUCAAAGAUAUUACGCAGUUCCAGUUUCCCGAUACAAGGCCAUUUUUGUUUGCAUUUCUGUUUCUAAUUGAGAGUGGUUGUAUUUUGAACACGAUAUCUAGGUCGCGUUAGCUUUUUUUCGUCUUAUAGUGUCUGUGUUGCUAUUCAAGUGAGUGAAAAUUACUACAACCAAGAAUAUUCUCGACGAUUUGGGCGACAAUAAAAAUGCAUCUUUGGGUAUGAUACAACAAAUGUUGAACCGGAAGUGAUACCAGGAAAUUCCGGAUAUUCAACGAUCGCGUGAAGUACUGUCGGUCCACAUUGGUCAAGGCGGCGUCCAAAUGGGCAAUGCUUGCUGGGAAUUAUAUUGUCUGGAACAUGGCAUACAACCUGAUGGCAUGCUUCCGCCCCAGAGCUGUUCUAGCGACGAAGGUUUUCAAACUUUCUUCAGCGAGACCGGCGGUGGAAAAUACGUCCCACGAGCUGUAUUUCUGGACCUUGAGCCCACAGUCAUUGACGAAGUUCGAACAGGAACCUACCAUCAGCUAUUUCACCCCGAACAACUAAUUUCCGGUAAAGAGGACGCGGCGAACAAUUACGCUCGAGGGCAUUAUACUCUGGGAAAGGAAAUAAUCGACCUGGUUCUAGACAGAAUUCGUAAGAUCGCCGAUAUGUGCACCGGUCUCCAAGGAUUCCUAAUUUUCCACGCAUUCGGUGGUGGUACCGGUUCAGGAUUCACCAGCCUUCUAAUGGAGCGCCUCUCCAUGGACUAUGGCAAGAAAGCUAAGCUCGAGUUCGCAAUUUACCCUUCUCCACAAAUUGCCACCGCGGUGGUAGAACCUUACAACGCCAUCUUAACUACGCACACGACAUUAGAACACUCGGACUGCGCAUUCCUUGUCGAUAACGAGGCGAUCUAUGAUAUCUGCAGACGAAACUUAGAUAUAGAAAGACCAACCUAUACGAAUUUGAAUAGAUUAAUUGGACAAAUAGUGUCUUCUAUCACGGCUUCUUUGAGGUUCGAUGGAGCGCUGAACGUAGAUCUAAUGGAGUUCCAAACGAAUUUGGUCCCGUAUCCCAGGAUUCACUUUCCUUUGGCUACAUAUGCGCCAAUUGUUUCGAUUGAAAAAGCUUAUCACGAGCAAUUGACGGUGAUGGAGUUAACAUCGUCCUGUUUCGAGCCUGCAAUGCAAAUGGUCAAAUGCAAUCCACAGAGAGGAAAGUAUAUGGCGUGCUGCUUAUUAUAUAGAGGUGACGUGGUCCCGAAAGAUGUAAACGCGUCUAUUGCGACUAUUAAGACAAAGAGGGCGAUACAGUUCGUCGAUUGGUGCCCUACUGGUUUUAAGGUAGGAAUUAAUUACCAACCACCGACAGUAGUUCCUGGAGGAGAUCUCGCCAAAGUACAACGUGCUAUGGCAUUGCUUGCAAACACUACCGCAAUCGCUGAGGCAUGGACCAGACUAAAUAGGAAAUUUGAUCUCAUGUUCGGCAAACGUGCAUUCGUUCAUUGGUACCUGACAGAAAGUAUGGACGAAACUGAAUUUAACGAAGCCAGAGAAGAUCUAGCCGCUUUAGAGAAAGAUUACGAAGAAGUUGGCAUGGACUCGACGGAUGCUGGCGAAGGUGAAGACGAAAACUAAAUGGACGACACGUUCCUGUCAGAAAACCAUCUUUUUACACAGGAAUAUUUUAGGAGAACGACCAAUUCCCACAUCUAUUUUGUAUAAGCUGUACACUGUUUUCGUCGAUUUUGUUUGUACUUGUCAUUGUUUUAAUAGAUAGCAUUAUUUUUAAUGUACAUAUACACAUUUGUAAACUUUUAUAUUGUAAAUAAAGGUUUAUUUUUUU